AUGGCGAGCGGGAGCAAGUACGAAGAGCUCAUCGCCGAGGAUGUGGCAUACCACAAAGCAUCGACGCCGCUGGAAGACAUGCCGAGCUGCACGAACAUGUUUGACAAGUGGGCGCAGUGCUUUGCGCUCGGCCCGCAGAUCAAGGCGGUAUACCGGUACGGUGGCCUGCAGGAUUGCCGAGACAAGCUGGACGACUUCAAGUUCUGUUUGACGAUGAAAGGCAUGUCGCCGGAAGAAAAGUACGAGACGUGGAUCCGAAGAAAGGCCGAAAAGACGGCGAGCCAAAGACUGAGCAGGGAGAGCUCAGAGAACGUGUGGCAGAUCAGAAGAGAUCCAAAUGCUGCGGUCAAAACGAAGGGCGAGACAGGGACGAUUUGCACCUUUGCGGCUGGGGCUUGCACACGUACGAUCUGGCGCACCCGAGAUGGAGACGCUAGGGAAACCCGCACCAACGCCGCAUCCAACCCGCCUUCGAUCUUCCGCCCGCCGCUGCUCGGCCUGACCUUGACCCGCGCGUCUUUCCCGCCUGCUUCCUUCGAGAAAAAGGCAGGAUGGGCGCAGUGGGGUCGGUUGCGGAUGGGUAGCGGUAGUGCCUCAGGCGCUUUAAAGCGGUAG